AUGCUAAAGUUCGCUGCCAUUGCCACCGUUGCGGUGCUGUGCUGUGCCGUACAGUGCGUCAAAGUGGACUACUACGGUUCGCUGUACAAUCCCAAGGACGAGCUGCAUGCGCCGUACCACGAGAAGGAGGACAAGCAGGACUUUAGCAAAAUUCCUGGCGUGCCCGGCGUGGACUACCCGAUCUACCACGAAGUUCCCCACACCAGCUUCCACUGUGGCAACGUGCCGGCCAUCCCCGGCAUGUACGCGAACGUCGAAACCGGCUGCCAGGCCUACCACACCUGUCACGAUGGGCGCGAGGGCCACCAGGGUGCGUCCUUCCUCUGCACCAACGGCACGCUGUUCAAUCAGAAGGAAUUCGCCUGCGACUGGUGGUACAAUGUCAAGUGCGAGGAAGCACCGAGCUACUACCAUCUGAAUGCGGACCCCGAACAUAACCCCUUCACGCCGAAGCGCAAACCCGAGGAUGAGCACCAGCAUGGCAAAUUCCUCAUCCACGUCUAG